GAAUGACAGUGGAGGCAAAUACCACAGGAGCCCAAGAAUCCAUGCGGGAGAAGGAUCUGCAGGAAGUCUCCCAGCAAAUUCAAACCCUGCAGAAAGCAUUUCAGAACAUGCAGGAGUUCACACAGCGUGAGCUUCAGAGCCUUAGAGUAGAUGUGGAGGGCAGACUAGGAUGGACAGUGGAGGAAGAUACCACAGGAUUUCUGGAAUCCAUGUGGAAGAACGACCUCCAGGAGGUCUUCCAACAAAUUCAAACUCUGCAGAAAGCAUUGCAGAACAGGCAGGAGUCAACACAGCGUGAGCUUCAGAUCCUUAGAGCAGACGUGGAGGGCAUACUAGAGCUUUUCAAAAUACAGCGCUACAAAGGUAAGCACAAGGGAGAUGACGGAGUGGAUGUCACCCUGGACGCUGACACAGCUCACCCCAGAUUAGAAAUCUCUGAUGAUGGGAAGAGUGUGAAAGAUACUGGUGCCAUCCGACACGUGCCCAGCAAUGAGAAGAGAUUUGAUUCCCACACUUUUGUGUUGGCAAAGGAAGGAUACGCAUCUGGGAGACACUACUGGCAAGUGGAUGUUGGCAAGAGAAGUAGCUGGGUCUUGGGUAUUGCCCAGGAAUCUGUGACUCGCAAAGGGAUGUUGACUCUGUCCCCUGAGAAUGGCUUCUGGGUCAUAGGGUUUGCAGAUGGGCGAGAGUGUUGGGCUCACACACAUCCUCGGAUCCGUUUGAGUGUGAGUGGGAAGGUGCACAGGAUUGGGAUCUUCCUGGACAUCUCAGCCGAGAAGCUGACGUUUUACAACAUCCAUAAGAAAGCAGCUCUGUAUGCUUUCACCAUUGCUGCUGGCAGCAUCCAGGAAGGGAAAUUCCUUCCGUUCUUCUCAACAGGCCCUGUUACUGCAAACCCUGACACUGAGCCUCUGAAAAUAGUACAGGGAUUUGAUCAUGAGUAA